CGUUCUCCACUCGUCACUCGUCAGCCGUGUUUCGAGCAGAGUGCAGCUCCGUGCAGUUGGAACAUUGCAGCCAGUUACACCUAGUUUGUCCAGUGUUAGCGCAGUGAAUGCACAGUCGACAGUCGUAGAUGGCGUGGGGCUACUGGAGUGCCACCACCGUGCCAGACCGCGGGCGGUCGCCGCGACGCCAAGCCGCCCCCACCCCGACGCCGCCCAGUCCGCCACCUCCGGUCGCUUCCAGCCACCAGGGCGAGCCGUCCGGUCCACCCGAACCCGAAGAGUACGCGCCGCCUCCGCCGCCCCUCUCCCGGCGCCCGUCGCUCGUUGACAUUGAGUUCUCGGGGCCUGGAGGCGCCCUAGCGCUGGUGCUAUGCGGCAAUCCGCCCCGACCUGGCGUGAACUCGCUGCCUCGGGGCAUGGCGGGGCCCGCCGGCCUCUCGGCCUCCACCUCCACCACCAUCCUGAGGCACGAGUGCUUCCUGCACCAGUCGUCCGCCCUCGUGCAUCACCAUCAGUGUCGCGUUCACGAUCUGUCCGGAUCCGAGGACGAGGACCCAGAACCUGGAUACGCAUCAGUAUUUCCCAAUGUGCCGAUUGCUCCUGGAAUGCCUUGUCAAGGGGAAGACCGUAGCAUAUACCGGAGAGGAGCUCGCAGGUGGAGGAAAUUGUACAGAGUCAAUGGUCACAUCUUCCAAGCGAAGAGGUUUAACAGGCGUGCAUUCUGUGCCUUCUGCCAAGAUCGCAUAUGGGGCCUUGGCCGACAAGGAUUCAAGUGCAUCCAGUGCAAACUGCUGGUGCACAAAAAGUGUCACAAGUUGGUGCUGAAGCCAUGCAGCAAUGAGGCGGUCGAACCCAUCAUCCGGGAUGAGGCCAAUGGCAGCACGCCCAACACCGGUACUCCAACCUCAGAGAUGCUUCCGGACAUCCCGAAAGAGUUUCCUGAGCCACCGCUUGACAUUGCAGGUGACUCAGUACCUAUUGAAGACCCAGCUAAGAAUGAAGAAACGUUGGAGUCAAGUUCGCAACGCCAAUACUCGCUGGCCGACUUUGAGCUGAUCCGAGUGAUAGGAAGAGGUUCCUAUGCCAAAGUACUGAUGGUCGAGCUCAGGAAAACGAGAAGAAUCUAUGCGAUGAAAGUCAUUAAGAAGGCUUUAGUAACUGAUGAUGAGGACAUAGACUGGGUGCAGACGGAGAAACACGUGUUCGAGACGGCGUCAAACCACCCGUUCCUGGUGGGUCUGCACUCGUGCUUCCAGACUCCGUCCCGGCUCUUCUUUGUGAUAGAGUUUGUGCGCGGCGGCGACCUCAUGUUCCACAUGCAGCGUCAGCGUCGCCUCCCCGAGGAGCAUGCGCGCUUCUACGCCGCCGAGAUAUCCCUCGCGCUUAAUUUCCUACAUGAUAAGGGAAUAAUCUACCGUGAUUUGAAGUUAGACAACGUUCUACUGGAUCAUGAGGGUCACAUCAAGCUGACGGACUACGGCAUGUGCAAGGAGGGAAUCCGACCCGGUGACACCACCUCCACGUUCUGUGGCACGCCCAACUAUAUUGCACCCGAGAUACUCCGCGGAGAAGACUACGGUUUCAGUGUGGAUUGGUGGGCGUUAGGAGUCCUACUCUACGAAAUGUUAGCUGGACGAAGUCCAUUUGACAUUGCUGGUGCCUCAGAAAAUCCUGACCAAAACUCUGAAGACUACCUUUUCCAAGUGAUAUUGGAGAAGACAAUAAGGAUACCCCGAUCACUUUCCGUGAAGGCAGCUUCAGUUUUGAAAGGUUUUCUAAACAAAAACCCAACCGAUAGGCUGGGCUGUCUAAGAGAAACAGGAUUCCUAGACAUUAUCAAUCAUCCAUUCUUCAAAAGUAUCGACUGGGAAUUGUUGAACGGCCGCCAGGUGCCAGCACCGUUCGUGCCUGACCUUGACCUUGACGACGACCUUGACCUGACCAACUUUGACCCCCAGUUCACCGAGGAGUCGGUCCAGCUGACACCCCGACGACGAACGGGUGAUAGAGAAGAUCGACCAGUCGGAGUUCGAGGGCUUUGAGUACGUGAACCCGCUGCUGAUGUCGCUGGAGGACUGUGUGUGACGUCACGAAUGGGGGUGCCGCCAUUUCGACGACCUGUUCGACAUAGAGGAUCGGUCGUCGCCGGACGAACAGGAGCGACCGCCAUCGCGCGGCGGCAUCCUUCAUCACAUGUUCUGUCUGCCUCUGCGCUAACUGCAGCAGUCACCCCCAACCAAACUCUCUCUCUCUCUCACACCACUCUCUCAAUAAGUAGCAGCUCAUCGCAUCUAACCAGUAUUCUAAGCCACUACUAGUAUUUGUUCACUCAUUUGGCUCCCCAUUAACCUUGUCUUUCGAUCGUAGAAUCUAUUGAGAGAAAAUUUGUUUGAAGCUCUUUUCAACUAGUAGUCUUAUUUCCCUCUUGAAAACAUUAUAACUUGGGAAAGCUGUUUCCAUCAAAUAACUACUUUGGAACUGUAUAUUAGUGAAAACUCUUGCAAUAAUCAUAAAUUUAUUUUUCAUAUUUUGUUCAUUCAAGAGAUCUUGAAUUUUCUGAAAUCUCACUGUCAAUUUGUGUCCCUUAAAAAAAUCGUGAAUUCUGGAAGCUGUUUCAAUGGAGACGGAGCAGGUUUCGUUUUGAAUCCAUUUGACAACAUCUCUCUUACACUAGUUGUAUUAUUAAUUCAUCCUUCAAACUCCUAUAAUUAGGAGCGAUUCUCUUCAGCUUCUGUACAACUGGAUUACAGUCAAAUUUUCAAUCGUAUGUUGAUUGUUACCAUGAAGCAGUUAACUAAACAGUAAAUAUACAGCGGUAACAGUCUAGCCACAGUAACUGAUCUAGUAGUUCCAAUCAUGAUAAGAUUGUUCCGUUUUAUCUAAUUCCAUUCUCCAGUAUUUUACAUUCCUAAUGAAUAUGACUUGGUCCUUAAAUACAGAGAUAAAUGUAGUAAAAUAGGAUCUACUUUUCUAGAAAAACCUUUAUUCGUUUCAACAAAAUUUACUUCUAGUUUUAUUAUCCCAUUCUAUUCUGAUAGGUUCAUUAUUAUAUCAUUUGCAAAAGUUCAUAGGUCUUUCUAAUCCAAGUAGUCCAUUUAUCUUAGUAAUUCAGUAUUUUAUUUCCGUUAAACUUUCACUCAACCUGUAUUUUUUAAUGAAGAUUUUAAUGUUGAUUUUAAUUAGCUUCGAAGUUUUUGAAUUAGUUUAAAGGGAAUCUUAAAAAAUAGUUCUAAAUACAGUAUUUUUCUAUUAAUGACUUCUUGCAAGAAUUUUAAUGUUUUAUGGUUUAAUUGAUAUCACGAGUGCCAUCAGCUGCUGCCAACAUAACUAUCAACCAAUCACUCUACGAUUCUUGAACAACAUAUUAAUAAUUAAUGUAAAAAUACUAAAUUAAAAAGUAAAUUGUAGAUAUGAAUUUGAUUAGAUCAACUUACAUCGUUCAACUAUGUAAUACCGAAUAUUUUUUCAAUAGAUUUAGUUGGGAUUAGUGCGAUCGAAGGAGGAUUGAAUAAAUCAAUAGGGACUCCCUAUAUUAUCUAAUGAUAAUUAUAGUAUUUUUAGACAUUCCAUACUCUAGCAUAUUUCCCUUUCAGUUGAGAAUAUACAGUAGGUACUUUCUUUAAUUUUCAAAUUGAAUAUGGUUAAUUUUGAAGCUUUCUAUCGGUGACUGAUAGGCUUACAGUGCAUCUUAGCUCAGUCACUGGACUGCGUUGAUACGAUGUGAAACAAUAUAUUGCUCAGUCAAUUGUAUGAUAAACUAAUUUGAUUCCUAUCUUUUGACUUCGCUAUUUUGGAUAUAAAAUUUUACUCAUAACUGUGUACAUACAUUUUGGUUCGAAUAUAUUCAUUGGAGAAAAUAUUUUUAUUGCACUACGUCUUUUUGAAUUUUAAAUUUUGUGAUAUUAUUCGGUUCAGUCUUUGAGGGUUCACUAAUUUUGUAUUGCCUGUAAUGGUAGUUUCACUUCAGGCCUAACAACAUUUGCUAUCUAAUAAUUUAUUAUAGAAAUUCCAGUUUCCAGGCGUUUUAAAAAUACCUAUUGAAACUUACAAUCAACAAAAACUGAUAAAAAAAUACUUCCAUUAAUAAUAUUGUAUCAUAUUAUGCAAGUCAUAUAUAUUUUCUUUGUUUUGACGAGGAACUCCAACCGAAGUUCCAUUUUGAAAUAGAUAUCACAAUAUUGAUUACUAUCCAAGUGAGAUACUAUACUAAAUUUUUGAAAAUAUUUUGUUAGGAAACAUGUAUUUUCUAAUGUUUCUCAGUACUUGCGUAUCCCAAACGAAUACAUAAGAAAUAAUAUUUCAAAACGUAUUACUUCAUUGUUUUCAAAUUGUAUUCCAUAAAAUCAUAACUAAAAUAAUAAUAAUAACAAUGAUGAGAAAGUGGAAAAAUUUAGAUUCUCAACCGCUCGAUAUUCUUGAUGUACCUGGAAACUGGAAUGGUAAAUUGGGGUUGAAGGCGAAUUUCUCCCUCGAAAUAAAAUGAAAUAUUUUGGAAGAUAGUAUAAAAGCAAGUUUGAACUGAAGAUAUGCUCAACUCAUUCUGUAGCCGGUAAAACUCUGUGGUGACAAUAAUUGUCAGGUUUCUAUUGAUUUUAGUCCUUUAUCAUCUUUAUUUACAAAUUGUCGUUUCACGUUCACAGUUAUAUUAGUUUUUUCUAUAGUUGUUAUUAUCGAAAUAGCCGUUAAUGAACUACGAUUUAGAGACACAUUAAUAUUGAUCAAAUUUUAUUCAUUCUUUCUUGUUUAUCAUCCGGUUUGUUUUGCAUAGUGAAUGGGUAGCAUAUUAUUGUAAUCUUUGAAUUCUCAUACUCCAACUGAAUCAUUCAAUUCCAGAAACUGGAAUCAACAGGGAGUACUGUUUUUGUUCAUUUGUUAUUAAUAUAAAGUCUCUAUCAUUAUAUUAUUUUCUAAUGUACAGUUAUUCAAACUAUUGAAAAAUAAUUUAAAAUCGGACAAAUUGCACCACGUGAAUUUACCGUUAGUAUCUUCCUUGAUUUUUACUAAAUAGCUGUGAUGAGUAACAAUUUGGAAAGUUAAGAAGUUAUUGUAUAUGAGUUAAACAUAUUCUUAAAUAGCCAUGAAAUAAGAUGAACAUAUUAAAAAUAUGUAACAGUAAAUAUUUAUAUAUAAAGAGUAUAUUGAAGCUGCUGUUGUGUCUGUAUUGUAACAGAAUAACUAUAGUUAUUAUAUGAAAGCAGUACUUAGAAUAAAUAUAAUAAUAUGAAGAUUCUAAUACAUAUUUACUGUACACUAGGGAGCCUUCAAUAACCAGUAUUCUAGCUUAUAAUCGAUCAUCAACAUUACCGGAACUCAUUUCUUAGUUUAGAAUCAAAUUGAAAAAGAAUAUUGAUGCACCUCUAUCGGUUAAAUUUAUAGGAUUCGCACUGUAAAUUUGUUGGUUUGCAUCUAUUUCAAAUUGUAGUCUGGAAAAUUGUAAAUAAAGAUUGAUUAGAUAUGUAAAGUAAUGCAAAUUGGAAUAUUUAAUACUAGGAAAGAUAGGAUAAUAUCUAAGAUAACAACUAUUUGAUGCUAUCCCAGAACUUAUGGUUCUCGGGGUAAGAGGAGUGCAGAUCAUGUUCCAUUAUUUUCGAAAACAAUUUUCUUCAAGCAAAUUAUCGAAAAAAUACUUUUUACUGCUCUUUACAUUCCAUUCCCUUGUUGGUUUUGUUUGUGAUAAUUCCGAAUGCAUUCCAUUAUUCUAUUGUUGAAAUUUAGUUAGCUGUGAAUGUCAAGAUAUCAAGACUUACUUGGAUCUUUGAAUUCAGCAAAUGAUAUUAUGUUUGAAGAACUUUCAUAAAUUGUUGAAAUUUUAUAAAUUCUAUUUAUUGAUUAUUCCACUAUAUUGAAAUGACUGUUUGUAUAAACUUCUAAAUUAUAGAAUCGUAAUGUUCACUUGACAAUGAACUAAUAUAAAUAUGCUUUUUCUUCUUGUAGGAUUCAAGGUCUUUACGCUAGUUAAUUAUUGAUGUUUUCCAAAAGUUUAUAUGAUGUUUCUCUUUCGAUUAAGUUUAUAAAAUAUUAUCCUGUUAACUUGGAGCAAUUGAUUGUAAUUAUUGAAAAAAUGAGUUUCAGUUGAAUAUUUCAAGGUUAUUUCAAAUAUUUUAUUUUACUCUCUCAUUAACUAUCAGGGAGUAUUGAAAUUUUUAACACAAUGUAAUAAGAUGAGCUCAUAGAUCUGUAUUUUAUGAAUGUCAUUUAAAUUCACACACGAGUACAUUAAUGUGAUUUUCCUUUAUGAGUUACACAGUAUUAAACCAUUUUCUUGUUAAAAUUACAUGUUGAUACUCGUAGUACAAGCUACAUUAAUUAAUAAUUCCAAGAACCACUGGCAAUUGAAUUAUUUGCAAUUAUUGUCUAUUCCUGAUAACUCUAAUCUUUGCUUUUCUUACUUUGAUACUAUUUUCUCAGUAUUUACUUGAUUAAAAUUCUCUAUACUAAAAAGCUAUUACCAAACCUGCUAAUUUAUUAUUUCAUUCAUGCAACUUUGCCAAAUCAUAUUUUCAAUCUAAUUUUCAGCUACUAUCACUAUAUUUAAAAGAUUUACAAGUUUAUUUUCAUAAUAGUUUAGUCGCAAGGGGUUUUUUAGUAACAUGUUGAUUUGGUUGCCGCCAGCUUAUUUAUAAAUAAUUCUUAUUUAAUUUUAAUAUAAGUUUCUAUUAUUCUUUGCACCUUAAUUUAAUUGGCUUAGUCCAGUAUUAUACACCUAGACUAUCUUUAUCAUUUCCCCCUGGCUAUACUUAUACUUAAUUUAAUUUUCAGAUUGAUUCUUGUAGUUCAUUUUAGUAUAAUUUUUAUAAUAUGGCAUUAUUUUAUGUAUAACUCUUACUGUCAUGCAGUAAACUCUUUUAUUCACAAAA